CGGUGGGCUGCCCGUGUCUCCAUGCUGCACUCAGCCUCCCCUAACCAGCACGGCGCCGGUGUCCGCUGCCUGUACGACAGCCAGAACCAGCUCAUCGAGGGGCGGCAGGAGAGGUACUGGAGGUCCUCCAGGCAGGCGUCGCCCUACCGUGACCAGGAGCUGAAGCUGUACGACUGGUGCUGCAACCGAGCGGGCAGUGCCCACCUCUGCGCCCGCUACAGUGAGAAGCGGCCGAAGAUCGGCUGUGAUGGAUACCAGUCACCUGGCAGGGAUUCCUCGGAGGAGAUAGAGAGAGACUCAGAUGAGGAAACAGAUGGAGAUGACAAGUAACUGGGGGGUUGCACACCCACAGCAUGGUCUGGGCCACGGCUGAUCCUUCGGAUCCUUUGCUCUGCUCAUCCCCUGUGUCCUCCCCUAGAACCCAUCGCCCCUGCCCACCAUGCAGGGCAUCUCCCUUGUCCAGUGCCCGUGGUUGCCUGCACUGGCAACUCCGUAUUUCUACAUUUCUAUGUUUUUAACCCAGGCUUGUCCCAAGGAGUCAGUUGUUUCAGUUGUCCUUUCCCAGCUGCAGCUGAGUGGGUGCCCAUGGGCACCUCCUUGCUGGCAGGGAGGUGGGCAGGUACCCCCCACCAUACACACACCACCCUUGUCCUUCCUACAUCCCGCUGUGUUCCCAUUCUGCAGGGUGAGCCUGGACCCCUGGCACCCAGGGAAAAGGUUUCUACACCUUGCAUGGGUUGACUGUGGCCAAUCCCCUGAGUGCCAGGGUGUACCAGGCUGGUCCCAUGAGCCAGUCUGUCUUGUCCUCCACUUCUGUCCCCCAGCCAUCCCUCACCGAGUGGUCCCUGGGCCCUGUGCCCAGGAGAAGGGACCAAUUCUCCGGAUCAAGCCAGAAUUAGCUUGUCACAUCUGCUGGGUGUGUGAGGGCAAAAUGCAACCCCAUGAUCAGAAAUGCUGGGAGAAAAAUAAUUUUUUGUGUGUAAGUGAGCAUAUUCCUUUCUUACAAAAAAUAAAUCAUUGCCAAAUCUUGUUUGUUCAAUAAAACCUCUGAAGGUUCUGAGCAUCACUGA